AUGGCUCCUGCUGCUGCUCAUGCGGCCGAGGGCAUCAUAUCGCCCAUCGAUGUCGACUCCAUGCCGCCGUUCUGGCGUCGGAAGAAUGGUAUCUUGCUCUAUUUCCUCCUCACGUCGUCCCUGCUGGCUAGUGCUGCCCUCGGUAUUGAUGGUUCCAUGACAAACGGAAUGCAAGUCCUGAAUUCCUGGCAAGACAGAUUCGGGCACCCCGAAGGCGCGAAGCUUGGAUUCUUUGGAGCUUCUAAUGCCAUUGGAGGCGUUAUUCCAUUCAUCUUCUUGAGUUGGAUUGGUGACAAAUGGGGCCGCCGCCUUCCAACUGCCUUGGGUUCCGUCGUCAUCAUCGUGGGAGUGAUCAUCGAGUUCUUCGCUACCUCUCUCAAUGGCUAUAUUGGUGGCAAGCUAAUCCUCGGAUUUGGAAGUUCUCUCAUCCAGAUGGGCGCACCGGUAUUAGUUACGGAGCUAUCCCAUCCCAAGGAGCGCGUCCAAAUCACGACCUUUUACAAUACAUCGAUCGUCUUGGGCUAUGUUAUUGGUGCUUGGGCAACCUUUGGCUGCUAUCGCAUUAACAGCCAGUGGUCAUGGAGACUUCCAACUCUCAUUCAGAUCGUUCCAUCGGCUUAUCAGUUCUGUCUCAUCUGGUUUUGUCCUGAAUCGCCACGUUGGUUGAUGGCUAAGGGCCGUGUCCAGGAGGCACGUGAUAUCUUGAUCAAAUACCAUGGCGAAUGCGACCCCAACUCCGAGUUAGUCGAGGUCGAAUGCGCUGAGAUUCAGCAGGCUAUUUCCAAGGAAGCUGAGGAGAACAUGACCUGGAAGGACUUCUUUUCAUCCCGGGCCAAUAUGAAGCGUAUAUUCCUUUGCUUCGCCACAGCCGUCUUCAGUCAAAGCUCCGGCAACCUGCUAGUGUCGAACUACCUCACACAAAUCCUGAAGGACACGGGUCUCAAGACUGAGUAUGAAAUUACACUUGUCAACGGAAUGGUCACACUCUGGCAGUAUAUUGUGGCCCUUUUUGUCACUCUUAUCAUCGAUCGCUUCCGUCGUCGUUUCUUCUUCCUCACCGGAUCAGGUGGUGUUCUCGUCACCUUUAUUGUUUGGACGAUUGCCGCUCAGCAAUACCUCGAACACAGCUCACUAGCUGCCGGCCGACUGGUUAUUUUUUGCAUUUUUGCGUUUCAGGCUUUCUAUACCUUCGCCUGGACAAACUUGAUUGUCACAUAUCCUCUGGAGUUGGUGACACUGCAGAUGCGUGCCAAGACAUGGGCAUUCGUCCUGCUGACGAUUCAGGUGGCCUCCAUCUUCGGAAGUUACGUCAACCCCAUUGCCCUGAAGAACAUCGGGUGGAAGUUCUACAUCUAUUACUGUGUCUGGGUGUUCAUCGUCUUCCUCAUCGUCUACUUCUUCUUCGUUGAAACGGCCGGGCCCACUUUGGAAGAAUUGGCCUAUCUGUUUGAGGGCGAGGAUACCAAGAAAGAUAUGGUGCACAAAAUUCAGGAGAAGAAGGAGCAAGUCACUUAUGAGGAGCACGUGGAGGACAAGGCUUGA